AUGGCGGCGCCGCUCCCCAAGCGCAUCAUCAAGGAGACAGAGAGACUGCAAAACGAACCUGUGCCAGGCAUCUCCGCUCAGCCACACGAUGACAACGCCCGCUAUUUCGACGUGAUAGUGGAGGGCCCAGGCGGCAGCUGCUACGAAGGUACCGACAUGUUUCCUGUUUGAUCGAGGAAUGACAUACUGAACGAUACCGCAGGUGGUGUGUUCCAGCUCGAGCUCUUUCUUCCCGACGACUAUCCCAUGUGCCCUCCAAAGAUUCGCUUCCUGACACGCAUCUACCAUCCGAACAUCGAUCGUCUUGGGCGUAUCUGUCUCGAUGUCUUGAAGAACAACUGGUCGCCGGCGCUGCAGAUUCGUACCAUUCUCUUGAGUAUACAAGCGCUGUUGGGUGCUCCAAACCCGGAGGAUCCAUUGAAUGAGGCGGUCGCGAAGCAAUGGAAGGUAAGACGGCACAUUGGAGCAAGAACAAAUUACACGGGAGACGUAGGCAGUACGUUGACACUGUACAGGAGGAUCAGCCGGCGGCGAUAAAGACGGCGCGGGAAUGGACUCAGGUCUACGCACAACCCAAGAAAUGA